UUAUAAUUACUCGUAUAUUCAACAAAUAGGCCAAUGUAUUUUGAAAGGUUUCCUAAAUUAAAGUAUAAAAAUGAAUGUACCAGUUAAUCUUCCACUAUCGUGUGCUACAAAAGGUACAAAAGAUUAUAUUGUAGCUUUCGGGCACCCAAAACUAAUAAAAGAUAGAAACAGAAAUGAUAAAGAAAAACGAGAAAAUAAAGCAAUAAGAAAACCAGUACUAAGCCAAUUACCUCGGAAUGUAAGAUCUAUUUCAUCCUUUAGAAACCCAAAGAGUAAUGGAAAUGUAAAUAUUAUUAGUUUACCAGGUAAUGCAGCUGGAACAAGCAGUCACAAUUCAACCGUAAAAUCUAGAACCGGUAGUUUGGGAGGAGAAGAAAAACCUAAACCUAGUCAAAUACCCCGGCGAAAGUCUGCAAAAGAAUUACCUAUAAAAGAAUCUACUAUGCGGACAAAAAAUAAAAAUAUACCAAACAGACCAAAACCAAUUAUGACACCAAGAAAUAAUGUACAAAGAGUACAAUUUUUAAAUGUUAAUCCAGAUUUUUGUCCUGCACCAACAAAAUCUGUACUUGAAACAUCAGCGAGACCUAUUCCAACAUUGGGGUAUGUUUACAGACAGGACAUAAGCAAUGACAUUUUGACCGAUUGGUACUUGGAAUCUGUUAAUGAAUAUAAUAUGAAUAUACCACAAGAUUCUACUGAACCCAAUGCAAUUUUAAAUACAGCUGUACGUAUAGAAAACGGAUGUAAUACUAAAUUCAACGAAGACAAUUCAGUCAAUACAACUUAUGCAAGUUCAAGCAACAACGCAGGACCUGAUCAGGAUUACGAUAGUAAACAAAGUCAAUCUACUCUUGAACACGUAGACGAAAACAGUGCUUCUACAGAUGACACGAUCUGCUCACGGCUGCAAGGUUCACAGGAUACUAAUUCCGUAAAGUCCUCUAUGACCUCGUACCUUACAGAGAUGUGGCGGGAACCUUACAUUAAUGAUAAAAACAAGACAAAUCGAAGGAAAUAUCCUGGUAAGGCACGUCAGCCAUAUCAAAAACUGAAGAACCAUAUCUGGAGUGGGCGUAACUGUAAGUAUGGAUGGAGCCGCGUGAGGAAAAGAACCGCUGACCGAUGGGCGUAUUGGUCCAGGUCAAUGUACGGGAUUAGAAAACUACGUAUGAAUGACUUGAAAAAGUCUUUGAUAUGGGAUAACGCGAAUGUACAAACUGCCAUACUCGUCUAUCGUGAAACAGGCACGGAUGCUGUGGCAAAAGAACAAAAAUCUGCCGAAAUUACCACGUCUUUGAAACUCAACGGGUGGACGUCGUUUUGUGAAAAUGGUUCCUCGACGACUUCAGCAAGGAAUACCAAGUCGCCAAUAAGACAUGUCAACAUCGGCCCGUCCAUGUUUCCGUUCCUUUACUAUCCGUCGAAUGAUAUAAAAUAUGCAUACCCUGUAAACACCGAGUCAGAUACAAUCACAAAAUCCACUGACCAAGGUUUCUACUAUGCAGUUGAUAGAGGAACAGAGACGAUCCCGCCUUUAAGCAAAUCGCAACGCUCGGUACCAGUCAUGACAUCCAAGAGACUAAUUCAAGAAUUGACUCAUAAAGAGACUCAAGUAUCUCCAGAACCUUCUAUCAGAAAACUUUCUACAGCUGCUCUGGCGCAAAGAUACGAAGACGCGAAGUCAAGUGUGUUCACAGAAACCUCGGUUCCACACAGAAUAUUUGACAACACACGUUUGGUUACAUCUAAAGGGAAAAUUUUAUCUUGUACAGGUGCUAAGGUUACGUCAGUGUCAUCCCCACCAAUACAAACAGCUUCAAAAUUAUCGACAAUGUCAAAAGAUAAUGUAGUCAAUACAGUAAUCCAUCCAGAAUGUACAUCCGUUAGCAUUAACACUGAUGUAGAACUGAAGUCCACGGGUACUGGAGUGUCAUUUGAUAAUAAUCGGUUCGAGAAUCGAAAUAAGUCUACUAACGAUUGUGACGUUCAAUGCAGCGAGUCUCCAUACAGAAGAAGAAACGAAACAUGGGAUAUUUCUCGUUACGUAGCUCGCAUCGGGCGCAAUCGGCUCAUGUCGGUGAGCAUGCUCAGUGACUCGGCCACCGAAAUGGCAACUCAAGCGCAGCCUGUCUUUCAGUGUGCAGAAACGAAUACACCCUUCAAACAGAAAAUGUCUGCGUCAGUGUUUACAUCCCGUUACGCUAUUGGCGAGCCUCUACGCUCAAGUGUCAAAGUUCAACCUAAAGAUACAGAACACAUUCUGACGUGCCAUUGCGCCAACACGGCGUGCGAUACUCAACCGAUUGACGCCAAGGAAAGGAGAUCCCAAACGUUUGCACCUGUUCACAAUGACGUUGCAUGUAAAACGAACAGCGAAGUGAAGUCAGUUUCGCGGCUAACGACUCGGAACGAGACAGCGAGGGAAACAGCUCGGCCAAAUUUUGUUAUAUCAAGCAAUUUGAACGCCACUAAAUGGCUGAAGGGAUGCACUAAGGAGUCUGACAAAGAGACCCAAUCAAUAAUCAGCAUCAGCGAGACAAUGGUAACCGAGCUGGACCGAGCGUCCUUGGUCACUGCGACCUCGAAGGACGGGCAGAGUAUCGGCGAAAUUAAAAAGCUGUCAGAAGAUGUAAUAAAUCACCACCCUGCCGUUGGUUGCGUCACUACGAUGGGUUGUCAUCCAAGUUCAUCUCAGCUCGGCGUCACAAGGAUGGUACCCAUUAAGGACGAAAAUAGUGAACGAGACAAGCAUACAUCCAGCAAUCAACCAAGUGAUAAUAAUGACGUGAUUGUUAAUAAAAUGAUGUCAGGUUUUUCAGGGACCGGUUUCGAUGUAACAAGGUCUAAAAAGCAAGCGGCAUCCGUCCUAACAUCCCGACAUAUUCUGCCAAACCCGCCUAGAUGUGAAGAUUCUAGCAAAGAUUGUAUAUUCUUGUACGGCCGUCCGAGAUGCAUUGUCCACAGCUUCCGCGCUGAUGCAGUGGUGCAGACGGAGUUACUGCUGCGAAACUCAGAAGUCCCGUAUAAGAAGCAUGGAAGCUUGUCAAGUCGAUCCGUCGGUCAAGCCGUGACACCUUUUAAGCGACGUUCGUCGUGUUGUCACCCGAGGAGUGGUGUUGGAGAGGUGUUGUCGCCGAAGGUUUACAAAGCGUUAUAUGAUACAAUGAAGCUAAUAGCAAAAGAGGGAUCAGAGUCUCCAACACCAAAAAGUAGUACAACAGGAAAAGAGGCAUCCGAAACAAUUGUACCAAAAAGUAGUAAAACUGAAAAAAGGGGAUCCAUAAUUAUUACAGCCGAUAGCAGUUACACCCAAAACAUUUCCAAGAUAACAGGGAAAAUGAAUAACAGAUCAAUACAAACAGUGACAGAACCCGUUUCGGUUUGUCCUCAUUGCAACGCCCGAUUGUCACAAACACAAUAUAAUCUCGAUCGAGAGAGUAUAAAGAGUCGAUCAAUUCAAGCAGCUGGAGAGUCCUUACUUAACUGCCCACAGUGCAGCGCUAACAUCGCUGUCCUUUCUGAGGACAGCCAUCACGAAUCCACAGAAGAAUGCAUAGAGUCCUACUUAGUGGCAUCAUGUAGAUACUAUAGCAAUCUACUGACAAUGAAACUAGGACAAGUCAAAGAUAAUUUUAAGAAGCACGUAGCACCCUCUAUCGAAGGAGCCAUGUACCAAGCAGCCGCGAUACCAAACAAUAUCUUCCGUCGCACUCCCUCAAACAAUAUAAUGUUCACUGAAGCGUGCACUAUGAAACCGAGUGGAAGACGAGACGAAACCUGCGAAGCGAAAUUCUAUACAGCCACACUAAAUAAACAUUCCCUUUUGUAUCCAGCUCUGAGUUUCACAGAUGUGAGAGGACAUGAUAAGAAUGAUUUGAAAAACGUUUAUUACAUGCUUACCGCCAUUGAAGGUAGGGUUCGAAGGUUGAAGAGCAACUUGACAAGCUAGUACGGAAUGUUUCUAACAGAUGGCGCUAGUAUAUUUUUUAAAGUAAGUCUGGGCUGGCCCCAUGAACUUAUUUUGCUAAAAAGCGG